CAAGUUGUACGCAGCAGUCUUAUAAACAUACGCAAGGCUAUUAAGGGACUCGUGGUAAUGUCUGCUGAACUAGAGAAUGUGUUCGAUAGCAUGCUGGUGGGAAAAGUUCCAUCCACGUGGGCAGCCAAAUCCUACCCAUCUCUGAAACCCCUCGGCAGUUAUGUGGCAGAUCUUCUUGUAAGGCUACAUUUUUUCCAGGAAUGGAUUGAUAAAGGACCACCCAACGUAUUUUGGUUAUCUGGAUUCUAUUUUACUCAAUCUUUUCUGACUGGCGUCUCACAGAAUUAUGCAAGAAAAUAUACCAUACCCAUUGAUCACAUAGGGUUUGAAUUUGAGGUCAUGAAAGAAGAAAAUGAUAUGGACCAAAAGCCAAAAGAUGGAGCUUAUGUUAAGGGUCUGUUUUUGGAAGGUGCUCGCUGGGAUAGAGAAAAUAUGGUCAUUGGGGAGUCACUGCCCAAAAUUUUGUUUGACUCUAUGCCCAUUAUCUGGCUUAAACCAGGAGUGAGUGCAACAUUUCUGCAUCAAAAUGUCUAUUACUGUCCAGUCUACAAAACCAGUGCACGCAGAGGUACCUUAUCCACAACUGGCCACUCAACAAAUUAUGUACUUUCAAUAGAGCUUUCAUCGGAUAAAGCAGAACAACAUUGGAUAAACCGUGGUGUGGCAGCUCUUUGUCAGUUGGAUGACUAAAAACAUCUUGUUAAUCUUUGGAAAUAUCCAGAUAGGGGAACUGAUCAUGUAUAUUCAUCUUGGAAAUUGGGAAGUAGAAUUAAAUAAUUUUAUGUCAGAA